AUCACUGACAACCAUUGUUUGCCAUCACUAGCCGGCACCUAUCGCUGCUUUUACUGUCACUAUGAUUGUUUACAAUCCAUUCCGUGAUCGUGCUUGAGAGGGAUAUGGCCGAUACGAGAACAGGUCGGCAUGCAGCUGCUGCAGGCAGUAGUAGCAGUGGAAUUUCGCCACUGACGCAGAGCCCGGCCAACCUCGAGUGCAAAGACUUUCAGGAAUAUCUGCGAACCCGUCACACGCCAGAAACGCUCGAAAAGUUGUACAACUACCCGCCGAUCUGCUUGGCCGUGUACCGGGAGCUGCCCGAGAUAGCCAGACAGUUUAUUAUACGGAUUCUUUUCGUGGACCAGCCAGUUCCCCAAGCCGUAGUUACCUCGUGGGGUGCUCAAAUAUGCGCAAAAGAACAAACGGACGCCACGAGUUGCUUGACAGCUCUGAAUGUGUGGCGCGUGACUGCCAUUCCAGGAGGACUGUCUGCCUGGGAACUAUCUCCCACAUUUAAGAAAAGCGUUCGCCAGGUCCUGUUGGGUGGAGGAAAACCGUGGCCCAUGACCAACACCCUGGAGAAGGACUCCAAACCCAGAGAUAUAGUAUUUUUGGAUACCUAUGCCAUGUCCCGAUGGAGAUGUGUUCUCCAUUAUAUGGUGGGAACUGGAAGCCGAAAUGGGGCAGAAACCGAGGCAAUCAGUCCAGAUGCCGUGCGGAUCUUGUUGCAUGCGAAUCUUAUGAAGCGGGAUGAUCGGGACGGAAUCACUAUAACUCGCCAAGGUUUCCAGUUCCUGCUGCUGGACACGAGGGCACAAGUGUGGCACUUCAUGCUUCACUAUCUGGAUACGUGCGAGGAGCGGGGGAUGCCCCUGCCAGAGUGUCUCUCCAUGCUGUUCCAGCUCAGCUUCUCCACGCUAGGAAGGGACUAUAGCUCUGAGGGCAUGAACAAACAAAUGCUAGACUUUCUACAGCACCUGAGAGAGUUCGGUCUGGUCUACCAGCGGAAGCGUAAGGAGGGGCGCUUCUACCCCACACGCUUGGCUCUCAAUGUGACCAGCAAGGAAGCGGCUAUAACAGCGACUCUGACGACAGAUGAGGAGGGUGCUCAGGAGAGCGGCUAUAUCGUCGUGGAGACGAACUACCGGGUGUACGCUUACACAGACUCCCCCCUCCAGGUGGCCGUUUUGGGCCUGUUCACAGAGCUGCUCUACCGCUUUCCCAAUCUCGUUGUGGGCGUCCUUACCCGGGACUCAGUGCGUCAGGCGUUGCGCGGAGGAAUAACAGCCGAACAAAUCGUCUCGUAUCUGGAGCAAUAUGCGCAUCCCAAUAUGCGCCUCGUAGAAUCUGCCAUCCAGUCCAAAUCCUGCCUGCCCCCAACCGUGGUCGAUCAGAUCAAGCUGUGGGAAAUGGAGCGCAACCGGUUCACUUAUACGGAGGGCGUGGUAUACAAUCAGUUCCUGUCGCAGAACGACUUUGUCACACUCAGGGAUUAUGCUCAGUCCAUCCAAGUACUUGUGUGGCAGAAUGAGCGCACACGCACAAUGGUGGUCCAGAAGAACGGCCACGACGACGUGAAGAGGUAUUGGAAGAAGUACUCCAAGGGCGGAGGCUAGCCGUAGUUUCGAAUGGGAUUGCACGAGUCACAUUCAUAUUGUUUCCAAGCUAAUAUUUUAAUAUAUUGCAUAAGGUAUGGAGGAGAUAUAUCAUCGACAUGUAACAAGGAGAACAUUACAAUUACCAAUUACGGAAUUAAAUAUACACGAAACCACGUUAUAGCUUGACCUCAACUGGGAUCCUAGGGCAAGUCGAUCUCUAUAGUUUUGA